UCAGUCAACCCACAGCAGCCUCCGUCGACCCKGGUCACGUGACUGACCGAGUCCUCCGCCGACUUCUUCCCAUCUCUCCCACAGCCAUGGCGGUGUCGGAGAGCCGCGGAGAUGGAGUAAACAACACCGCUUCCACAUGCUAAUAUUUUUUUGUUUUAGUCGUAGCUUCAUGCUGGGCUGCAUUGUUGUCUGAAAUUACAAGAAAACAUCUCCCUGCUGCCCCCCGACGAUGACGGACCGCGGUGUUGAUCUGUCGGCUCUGCCUAAAGAGGUCAGGGACCAGCUGGCCGAGUUGGACCUGGAGCUGUCCGAAGGUGACAUCACCCAGAAGGGAUAUGAAAAGAAAAGGACUAAACUGCUGGCUCCUUACAUAAUCCAGACUCCAGUGGCACCCCCUAAGAAUGACGUGCAGCCUCCAGCUCCCAGUUCCUCCAGCCAGGCCCAUCCCCUCGCCAGCUCGUCCCGGUAUCGGGAACGUCGCUCCCGUAGAACACAUCGCAAUGGAGGAACCCGGGAUGACCGCUACAGAUCAGAUGUUCACAGUGAGGCUGUACAAGCUGCCCUGGCUAAACAUAAAGAGGAGAAAAUGGCACUUCCUAUGCCCACCAAGAGGAGGUCCACUUACGUGCAGUCGCCCAUCGAAGCUCGGACACCUCCAGACUCGUCAUCAGGUUCUGAAGACGAGACGUCCGCACGCAGACAGUCUUCAGUGGUCGCCCCCCCGCCUCCGGCCAACACCAGCUUGCAGAGCCCGGACUGUUGGAUCAACCGCUCCGCCCAGGGCUCCUCCACGUCCUCCUCUGCCUCGUCCACGCUGUCGCACGGGGAGGCCAAGCCUCAGCCUCAGAGCCAGCCGCAGCCUCAGUACAAGCCGCAGUACCAACCUCUGUAUCAGCCUCAGGAGCCGAGCCGCACCGCAGCCGUCACAGACAUGCUGGCUCACACUCGCAUCGCUCCACCUGAGAACAGCGCCCCCUCUCCUGACGUGACAGCCGUGGGCCCCACAAUGAGGGGCCCGCGGGUGGAUCUGCCCUCCAACGCCGUCGUUCGAGGGAUGAGUCGAGUGCAAAGCCGUUCGAGCAUGAUGGAGACCGCCGAUGGAAGAGGUAAUACGCAGAGAGUUCCUGUGAGCAGCAGAGUGUCCACAAAGAUCCAGCAGCUGCUCAACACGCUGAAGAGGCCCAAGAGGCCKCCGCUCAGCGAGUUCUUCACCGACGACUCCGAGGAGAUCGUCCAAGUUCCCCAGCCGGACCCCAACACGCCCAAGCCAGAGGGCCGCCAGAUCAUCCCGGUGAAAGGGGAGCCUCUGGGCGUCGUCAGUAACUGGCCCCCAGCCCUGCAGGCGGCAUUAGCUCGCUGGGGGGCCACUCAGGGAAAGAGCCCGGCUCUCACUGCUCUGGACAUCACAGGCAAACCUCUUUAUACACUGACUUACGGGAAGCUGUGGAGCCGCAGUGUGAAGCUGGCCUACACGCUUCUCAACAAGCUGGGCAACAAGAAUGAGCAAAUCCUCAAACCUGGAGACAGAGUGGCGCUGGUGUACCCAAACAGUGACCCCGGCAUGUUCUGGGUGGCCUUCUACGGCUGCCUCCUGGCUGAGGUCAUACCUGUACCUAUUGAGGUCCCACUGUCUCGGAAGGAUGCAGGGAUCAGCCAGGUGGGCUUCUUGCUGGGCAGCUGUGGUGUGGGUCUGGCUCUGACCAGUGAGAUCUGCCUAAAAGGUCUGCCCAAGACCCCCACCGGUGAAAUACUGCAGUUUAAAGGCUGGCCUCGAAUGAAGUGGGUGAUAACAGACUCAAAAUACCUGACGAAGCCGUCCAAAGACUGGCAGCCACACAUUCCCACCGCUAACACUGAUCCUGCUUAUAUAGAGUACAAAGCCAAUAAAGAGGGCACAGUUGUGGGUGUGGCUGUGUCUAAGGUGGCCAUGCUGACCCACUGCCAGGCUCUGACCCAGGCCUGCAACUACUGUGAGGGGGAAACCUUAGUGAACGUCCUGGACUUUAAAAAGGAUAUGGGCUUAUGGCAUGGAGUUCUCACGGCUGUAAUGAACAGGAUACAUACGAUAAGUGUUCCCUACGCAGUAAUGAAAGCUUGUCCCCUCUCCUGGGUGCAGAGGGUCCACAUCCAUAAAGCUCGUAUAGCUUUGGUGAAGUGUCGUGAUCUGCACUGGGCCAUGAUGGCUCACCGGGACCAGAGAGACGUCAGCCUAGCUUCUCUACGGAUGCUUGUUGUUGCUGAUGGUGCUAACCCUUGGUCGGUCUCUUCCUGCGAUGCCUUCCUGAAUCUGUUUCAGUCGCACGGCUUGAAGCCUGAGGUCAUCUGUCCCUGUGCCGCCUCUCCUGAGGCCAUGACAGUAGCUAUACGCAGACCGGGAGUCCCUGGCGCACCCCUCCCUGCCCGCGCCAUCCUCUCCUUGAGCGGCCUUAGCCACGGUGUCAUCAGGGUCAAUACAGAAGACAAGAACUCGGCUCUGACUGUACAAGAUGUGGGACACGUCAUGCCUGGAGCGCUGAUGUGUAUAGUCAGGCCAGACGGACCUCCUCAGUUGUGUAAAACUGAUGAGAUAGGAGAGAUAAUAAUUAAUUCUCGUGCUGGGGGCACAAUGUACUACGGCUUACCUGGACUCACCAAAAACACCUUUGAGGUGAUACCCGUCAAUGCUAAUGGAGUUCCCAUUGGAGAGAUUCCAUUUGUGCGGUCGGGACUCCUGGGCUUUGUUGGUCCAGGCAGUCUGAUCUUUGUGGUGGGGAAGAUAGAAGGUUUGCUGAUGGUUAGUGGGCGAAGACACAACGCGGACGAUCUGGUGGCCACUGCUCUCGCGGUGGAGCCUGUUAAGACAGUGUACCGUGGAAGGAUUGCAGUGUUUUCGGUCACAGUGUUCUACGAUGAGAGGGUUGUAAUCGUGGCAGAGCAGAGGCCAGACGCCAGCGAGGAGGACAGCUUCCAGUGGAUGAGCCGAGUGCUUCAGGCUAUCGACAGCAUCCACCAAGUGGGCCUCUACUGUCUGGCUCUGGUCCCGGCCAACACCUUACCCAAAACCCCCCUGGGUGGCAUCCACAUCUCUGACACCAAGCAGUUCUUCUUAGAUGGCAACCUGCACCCCUGCAACAUCCUGAUGUGUCCCCACACGUGUGUCACCAACCUGCCCAAACCUCGCCAGAAGCAGCCAGUUGGCGUCGGCCCUGCGUCCGUCAUGGUGGGAAACCUGGUGGCGGGGAAGCGGAUUGCCCAGGCGGCCGGCAGGGACCUUGGCAUGAUUGAAGACCAGGAUCUCGUCCGGAAGCUCUGUAUGUGGCCCACUGUGAUGCAUCAGUAUUUGACAGAAGCUUUACAGUGGAGGGCCCAGACAGACCCCGACCACGUGCUUUACGUUCUUCUUAACGCAAAGGGUGUAACGGUCGGCACAGCCACCUGUGUUCAGCUUCACAAGCGAGCUGAGAAGAUCGCCGCCGCGCUCAUGGAGAAGGGCAGCAUCAACACCGGGGAGAACGUCGUGCUGCUCUAUCCACCUGGCAUCGAUUUGAUUGCAGCCUUCUACGGCUGUCUCUACGCUGGCUGUGUUCCAGUAAACGUCAGGCCUCCUCACCCUCAAAACCUGGCAGCCACUCUGCCGACAGUCCGCAUGAUUAUUGAUGUCAGUAAAGCGGCGUGCAUCCUCACAACACAAAACCUCAUGAGGRCUCUGCGCUCCAAAGAGGCCGCAGCUUCCGUCAACAUCAAAACAUGGCCGACAAUCAUUGAUACGGAUGACCUUCCCCGCCGCCGGCCCCCACACAUCUACAAGCCGCCCACAGCAGAGAUGAUAGCUUAUCUGGACUUCAGCGUUUCCACCACAGGCAUGCUCACUGGCGUCAAGAUCUCUCACGCAGCAGUCAGUGCUCUUUGUCGCUCCAUAAAGCUUCAGUGUGAGCUCUACUCCUCUCGUCAAAUCGCCAUCUGCAUGGAUCCCUACUGUGGUCUGGGCUUUGUCUUGUGGUGCCUGGCGAGUGUUUACUCAGGUCACCAGUCCCUCCUGAUUCCUCCGUUUGAACUGGAGAGCUGCUUGUCUCUGUGGCUGAGCACGCUCAGUCAGUACCGCAUCAGGGACACCUUCUGCUCCUACUCUGUGAUGGAGCUCUGCACUAAAGGGCUGGGCACCCAGACCGAGUUACUCAGGGCUCGCGGUGUGAAUCUGUCGUGCGUCCGGAGCUGCGUGGUGAUAGCAGAGGAACGACCUCGCCUUGCUCUCACGCAGUCCUUCUCAAAGCUGUUUAAGGACGUGGGACUGUCCUCCAGGGCUGUCAGCACCGCCUUUGGCUCCCGGGUUAACCUCGCUAUCUGCCUGCAGGGCACAACUGGUCCUGAUCCGUGUACAGUGUAUGUGGACAUGAAGUCUCUGCGGCAUGACAGAGUGAGACUGGUGGAAAGAGGAGCGCCUCAGAGUCUUCCAUUAAUGGAGUCUGGCAAGAUAUUGCCAGGCGUUAGGGUGAUAAUUGUAAAUCCUGAGACCAGAGGUCCACUUGGUGAUUCUCAUCUGGGGGAGAUCUGGGUGAACAGUCCUCACAGUGCCAGUGGUUACUACACCAUCUACGGAGAGGAGAGUCUUCAGGCCGACCACUUCAACACCAAGCUCAGCUUUGGAGAUCCACACACUUUGUGGGCCAGAACUGGAUACUUGGGUUUUGUGAAGAGGACAGAGCUGUUGGGCGCCAGUGGUGAUCGGCAUGAUGCUCUGUUUGUGGUGGGCUCACUGGAUGAGACACUGGAGCUACGAGGGCUGCGGUAUCACCCUAUUGACAUUGAAACAUCAGUGUCACGAGCACACCGAAGUAUUGCUGAGAGUGCUGUGUUUACAUGGACUAACCUGCUGGUGGUGGUGUCAGAGCUGUGCGGUUCAGAGCAGGAUGCUCUGGACCUGGUGCCUCUGAUCACAAACGUGGUCCUGGAGGAGCACCACCUCAUUGUGGGCGUGGUGGUUAUUGUGGACCCGGGCGUCAUACCCAUCAACUCCAGAGGAGAGAAGCAACGUAUGCACCUUCGCGACUCGUUCCUCGCAGACCAGCUCGACCCCAUCUAUGUUGCCUACAACAUGUGAGGUGAUUUGGGUUUGUUUCACGAUCAUCCGCCGUCUUCGGCAGCACGGUGGCUCGGCAGAGGGUGUGAAACGGGGGAAAAAAGCAUGAUGCACCGACACGCAGCCCUGUGUGACACCAGCAUUUCUUGGCCACUGCAUGUCUGUGACCAGAUCUGCCACAUUUGGGGUUAUUCACUGUGUUUUUAUACAAUGAUCAAACUUUGCAAAUGAGACAGGGGUAACGUGCUACAAAAGGGAAAAAAAAGUAAUGUUCCGCUGUUUUUUUUUUUUUUUUUUUUUUUUUUUUUUUUUUGAGAGAAAGAGAAAAAAAACACAACAGUCACUUUUAUAUAAAAAUACUAUAGUCAUGUCUUAGUGAAAAUCUGUCUUCUCAGUCAUUAAUUAACACAAAUCUCUUUUUUGAGUCCAUGAAAUGCAUCUAAAAUUAAAUCAACUUUAAAUAUUUUUACAUACAAAUUUUACACGAAUGCAUGUUCUUACUCCUCAUCAUUUCUCUGCAUGGAUAAAUAAGAGGGCAAGCUAUGAGAACAGACGUCUGUUUUAACCAGACUACCCCCCCCCCCCCAUACUGAAGCCAAAUAGAUUUUCCUGCUCUGAUAUCUUUCCUGCCUUACAAAACUUCAGCCAUACAUUCCUCUCUUAACUUUUAUUGACUUUUGCUAUCAAUGGCUGUUCAUUCUUUGAACUAAUAACGUAAAUUCUAACAGAUAUUAAAAAAAGGAUCAAAAUAAGAGGAAAGAGGCCAUAUUCUGUACUGUAACAAUGAGUGUCUCCUUGUAUUUUAGAUACUGUACGUUGCUGUAUAUAUGUUUUUAUUUGUAUAAAUGUACAAACGCUUUACUCACAUCUCUCAGCUGGUGAAGUACUUAGCUCAGAGACCAUAUUAGUAGCAGAAAGAGGAUUGUAAAUACGAUUUAUUGGUUAAAAGUACUUUUGGCGUGGCGUAUUAGCUGUGAGGGAGGGUGAGGAUAAAUAACUUUAAAACAUUGUUAGUGGUAUAGUUAAAAAAAUUGCACUUUUUUCAAAAAUAGUCUAUUUUAAUAUAACAAUGAGGCAUUAUAGCUGAUGAUACGGGAGCAUGUCAGAUGUUUGAAGAAUCUGAGUGGAGGAACUUUGUGAGUUUACUGCUAUCACUGAUAAAGUCAGGAAAUUUCCCUGUAAUUGUCUGUGGAGAAAACUAAAACCAACGUUAUGACUGUUUGCAGGCUACGGAGCCCAUCUGGUGACAGUGGAUUAAAAAAAAUAUCCUGUGACCAUGCGGUAAUAACACGUGGUCACACAAUAAUUAUGCCAUGGCCACAUGAUAAUAAUGUGUGGCUACACGAUAAUUAUGUCAUGACCAUGAGAUCUUAUGUUAUUGUGUCACUGGAUGGGCACUGUAGCAGGCUGCUAGGUUACUUUGUAAAAAAAAAAACCUGUCCAUUUUCAUCUAAUAUCCAUUGCCUUUAUGUUGCCAAACAGGCAUGAACUUCUCAGUUUGUACAACAUAACGGAACGUUAACGGGUUUAGUCUGUUUCCUCUCAGCACUCACAUGUUCAGACUGUGUUUGUGCAACUUUGUAAAUAAUUAAUUUGAACUCCAGAAGCAUUAAUGUAUGUAUUGUAGUCAGCAGAAGCAAAUCAACAUGUGUCAUAGCCCAUUUUUCUGCAGUGAAGAACCCCUAACAUAAACCUGUUUUGUAGAGGAUGUUAUCCAUUAAAGAUAAACGAGAAUAAUAAUCAUUUCUUUAUGCAUUUUGCACUGGAGGAUGUAAAGAAGAUUUUACUGUGUGGACUAAAACUCACCAUUUUAUGUGACAUUAAAAAGAUAGUUCAUUUCUUUUUAAGUGGGGUUCUGUGGAAAGGUUAAGAAUAAUUAUUAUCUUACCUGUUGUAGAUGGCUGUUCAGACACCCUUUGUUUGGAGAAAUAAUUUAUUCUGACUGGAAUAACAAGCUAAAGGCUAAUCAGAGUGGACCCCAGACCAAAGUGGAUUGGUCCCAAAACAACUCCACUGGAAGUUUGACAGCUAGUUGUUGCCUUUACUAAUUGCACAAAUUAAAUAGAAUUUGUUAUAAAGAACUAAUCUGAAACCAACAACAUAAAUGUUUAUUAAACAGUGGUUGCAUGAACUUCUAUUGUUUUUGUGGGGAUUGGAAGUUGUUUCAUGACAACAGCAAUCCAGUUUAAUCUGGUCCCUGCUUGGACUAAUGGUUAAUUCAUAAUCAUGGUCAGAAUUAAAUUCUAGUUCUCAAACUGAGGUCAUUCAAGACCUAUCUACAGCAGGUGAGAUACUGAACCCCAAUUUAAAAAAAAAAAUUGUACUGCUUCAAGGGUGUUGAAUAUUUAUUUGACAAAUACAGCUUGACAUAAGGUUUUAGUCUACCUUUAAAAAGGUCCAAUAGCACUUGUUCAUCUUAGCUUUAACAUUGUGUCCUGCAGCUGCAGCAGAAUGUUGACUCAGCCAAGAAGAAAAUGGCUUGAAAGACAUGUCAUUUUGAGGCACAAGUAGAUCAGCAGGUAUGAAACUGGACAUUCAGGGAGUUAAACUCACACGACAGGGAUGGGCCAGGUGGUCCCAUAAUGCAAUCUGUGAACGAGACCCUUUUAAUGUGGAUGUUUGUCAAAAUAAAUCUCUGAAAUUAUCACAGAUCUUGCAAACCUAAAGAGCUAAAAAAAAAAAAAAAAGGAGGGAUUAUGAAAAAAAGAGUCCAUCUCUUCUCUGAGAAGUCUGCAAGGGCUUCUUCUGAUUCUUGCUCAUUAUUUUUCAACAUCACAGUUCUUACACACUAUGCAAUCCUAAUGAUGGUGCAAUUUAAUUUCAGAGCAUACAUAGAGGAAUAAACAAGACGCUAAUAUUUUUGUUAUUACUAAGAGGGACUGAUGAAAUUCAACUUGUAGUGUACUUGAGACUGUAUUCAUCUCUCUUAACUCAAUAUUUUGUGUWUGCACUCUUUGUAUGUUGUAUUUUAAUUAUUUGGUGAAAUUUACACUUGCUUCAAAAAAAGAUGUGCUCUACUAUUGACCUUUUAACUAAUAAAGAUGUUUUUAAUCUCAUAGUUAAAAAAAAACAAGUGGUACGCAUUUUAUUUUGUACUUUGGUUUUGUUUUGUUUUAUAUUUUAUGUAUCGGUAAUACAGAAUAAACAGAUGCGUUUAAUCACUUAA